UCGGAGGGCUUUUACUUGCCCUCCAAGAAACUGGCUUUUAAAAAAAAAAAAAACAUCAAACUUCGCCUACCUCGUCGGCAGAAAGCAGGAGCAAUAAAACCUUACAAUUUUAAACACACAGAGAGAGAAGGUAGCGAGAAGAAGAAGAAGCUCUGCCCUUUUUUUCUACUACCAGUUAGGUUUCAGUAUCAAUAUCAUCUCAACUCUAAGCUCUUAGCAUCGAAAUGGGGAUUGAUGGUCGAGGUUUGGAAUCUGUUGAUACAUCAAACAGUGUAAUAUUCAUAGGUAAGAAGAAAUCAUCCAAAAAGAAAGACAAUUGUAAUAUUUUUACUGCACUGAGUGAACAAGCUGGGGUUAGGAGUGACGUUAUGGAUGUAGUUGAACCAGAAAAAUCAAGUACGGGAACUGGUAAAGUCGAAGCUCUUGAUUCUGAAGUUAUGAAGAGUAAAGAGGUUCCAGAAACUUCGAAAAGUAGGAAAAAGAAGAAGACUGGAAGGACUGCUCAAGAAGAUGUUUUGGAUAAGAUUCUUUCUGAGCUAGGUGAUGGGUGUUCGACAUCGAAACUUGCUGCUCUGCCUAAGCAAGAGGAGAAAGUCGAGGUUGAACCUGAUCUAGUUGCCUCAGUCGAUGGUUCGGCUGAGAAGGAUGGUGAAGAAGUUCCUCCUGCUGUGCUGUCUGCGGCAGCAAAGAAGAAGAAAAAGAAGAAGGAGAAGUAAAAGGAGAAAAAGGCAGCUGCAGGGGAUGCUACUUCUUCUGUGGAUGUUAGGGAUGAAAACCAUGAAGAAACAGAAAUUAAAAGGACAGAACCCAAGACAAAUCAGGUGAAAGGUAAAGCAGCAGAAAAGAAAGUGCCAAAGCAUGUUAGAGAGAUGCAAGAGGCCCUUGCUAGGCGAAAUGAACAGGAAGAUAGAAGAAGAAGGGAAGAAGAGGAGAGACAGAGGAGAGAAGAAGAGGAGCGGAUUAGGCUGGAAGAACUUGAGAGGCAAAGGGAGGAUGCCAGACGUAGGAAAAGGGAAAGAGAAAGGGAGAAACUACUAAAGAAGAGACUGGAAGGCAAGCCUAUGACUGCAAAGGAAAAAGAAGAAGCCCGUCGGCUGGAGGCAAUGAGAAACCAGAUACUUGCUAAUGCAACAGAGAGUUUGCCUCUCCCUACCACAGACCAUGAGAAACCGGCUAAUAGACCCUUGAUUCAGAAAAAGAAGUCAAAACCAGCAGCCAUCGCUCCAAAUGGUGUGGCUCCUGCAAAGGCAGUGGAAAACAAUGGAAUGGAAGGAGAAGCAGAAGAAGAAAUUGAUGAUGUUGAUGAAUGGGAUGCAAAGAGCUGGGAUGAUUCUGCUGUUAAUCUUUCUCUUAAACAUGGAUUUUCUGAUGAAGAGAUUGACUCUAAGCCUGAACCUGUUGUGAAAAAACACAUAAAGAGUGCAGGUGCCAAGCCAACAGUUUCUGCCCAGAAAAAUGUUCCUACUCAAUCAAUAAAAUCUCAGAAUGUUGAGAAUAAGAAAAAAAGUAGGAAGGAAGAUGUUGUUGUUGAAAAAGAAACAGCAACUUCAGAUGCUGCCCACAAAGAGAGUGAGGAUAACCUUCGUUCACCUAUUUGCUGCAUUAUGGGCCAUGUGGAUACUGGUAAAACUAAGCUAUUAGAUUGUAUACGAGGCACAAAUGUUCAGGAAGGUGAGGCUGGAGGUAUUACUCAACAAAUUGGUGCAACAUAUUUUCCUGCUGAGAACAUCCGUGAGAGAACUAAGGAACUGAAAGCUGAUGUGAAGCUGAAGGUCCCAGGUCUUUUGGUCAUUGAUACCCCUGGUCAUGAGUCAUUCACUAAUUUACGGUCACGAGGUUCAGGUUUAUGUGAUAUUGCUGUUUUGGUUGUUGACAUUAUGCAUGGCUUAGAGCCUCAAACAAUAGAGUCACUCAAUCUUUUGAAAAUGAGGAAUACAAAGUUCAUUGUUGCAUUGAAUAAGAUGAGGUUUAUUAUGGUGGACAGACUAUACGGGUGGAAAACCUGUUGUAACGCACCGAUUGAGAAGGCAAUGAAGCAGCAAUCAAAGGAUGUAAAAAUACAGUUCGAAACCCAGCUUGUACAGGUUAUUUCAGUGGUUAUCUUUCUGCUGUGUCCUGAUAAUUUGGUUUGUGAAUAUUCCAGCGGUGAAGGGAUUCCAGAUUUGUUAUUAGUGUUGGCUAUUACAGAGAAAACUAUGGUUGAGAACCUUACUUACAGAAAUGAAAUGCAGUGCACUGUGUUGGAGGUUAAGGUUAUUGAAGGCCUUGGGACAACAAUUGAUGUUGUACUGGUUAAUGGCGUGCUUCAUGAAGGAGAUCAAAUUGUUGUUUGCGGCAUACAGGGACCUAUUGUUACUUCAAUUCGAGCUUUAUUGACACCGCAUCCGAUGAACGAACUUCGUGUGAAGGGAACGUAUCAGAAUCAUCGUGCAAUCAAGGGCGCACAGGGUAUCAAAAUCACAGCACCGUGUCUUGAGCAUGCUAUUGCUGGUGCUGCUCUAUAUGUGGUAGGGCCUCAUGAUGAUUUGGAAGAGGUCAACGAAACAGCUAUGGGAGACAUGAAGUCAGUCUUGAGCAGGAUUGACAAGAGUGGUGAGGGAGUUUGCGUACAAGCAUCUACUCUAGGCUCCUUGGAAGCAUUGCUAGAGUUUCUGAAGACCCCAGAAGUUAAUAUUCCUGUUAGUGGUAUUAGUAAAGGCACUGUACAUAAAAAGGAUGUCAUGAAGGCCAGUGUAAUGCUUGAAAAGAAGAAAGAGUUUGCCACCAUUUUGGCAUUUGAUGUCAAAGUGACACCAGAGGCCUGGAAACUUGCAGAUGAUUUGGGUGUGAAGAUGUUUAUGGCUGAUAUCAUCUAUCACUUAUUCGAUCAAUUUAAGGGCUAUAUCAACAAUCUCAAGGAGGAAAAGAAGAAGGAAUCUGCUGAUGAAGCUGUCUUUCCUUCUAUGAUCAAGAUUUUACCAAACUCUGUUUUCAACAAGAAGGAUCCAACUCUUGGGGUUGAUGUUCUUGAAGGCAUUUUAAAGGUUGGAACUCCAAUUUGUUUUCCUCAAAGAGAUUUUAUUACUAUUGGGCGCAUCGCAUCCAUAAAAAUUAACCACAGACCUGUUGAUAUAGCGAAAAAGGGGAUAAAGGUAUCCAUUAAGAUAGUUGGGACGAAUCCUGAUGAGCAGCAAAAGAUGUAUGGUAGGCAUUUUGGAAUUGAAGAUGAACUUGUCAGCCAUAUCUCAAGGAGGUCGAUUGAUGCACUGAAAGCGAAUUACCGGGGGAGGAAGAUGAGCUACCUAUUGACGACGCUGACGAAGAAGCAAGAGGUGGAUUCUCUCAUUAGAUCUACCAUCGACAAAGUCCUCGUCCUCCGCUUCGGCCGAGCUUCCGAUUCCGUCUGCCUCCUCCUCGACGACAUCCUCGACAAAACGGCGCGAGAGGUCUCAAAGUUCGCAGCAAUUGCGCUCGUCGAUAUCGAUUCUGAGGACAUUCAAGUCUACGCCAAAUACUUCGACAUCACUCUGAUUCCAUCGACGGUGUUCUUCUUCAAUGCCCACCACAUGAAGAUGGACUCGGGAACAGCGGAUCACACCAAAUGGGUCGGUGCGUUUCAGCAAAAACAGGACUUCAUUGAUGUCGUGGAGGCGAUUUUUAGAGGAGCUAUGAAAGGGAAGCUGAUCGUGAGCUGCCCGUUGCCGCCGGAACGAAUUCCCAAAUAUCAGUUGCUGUACAAAGAUGUGUAGGAGUUGCACAACUCAGGAAUUUUGAUCAGGUUCUUGAUUUCUGCAGUUUUUUGUUAAUAUUGAUAUGUAUUUGACAAAGAUUGCCAAUGGAAAAAUAAAUAAAUAAAUCUUAUUGCC